AUGGAAGAAAAUGUAAGGGCAGCUAUCGUCAUGCAGAGUGUUAGUCGAGGUUACUUGGCACGACGUGCGUUCCGAGAACUGAAGGCACUGAAAGAUUUGGAAAGAUCGAAAGCAGCCGCAGUUGUGAUUCAGGUAGAAGAUUUGAUGCGAUUUGGGAACGAGUUGGAAGAUUUCAGAAGUAUCGUAGGAGGUUAUUUUGCGCGAUGUGCUUACAAGGAGCUGAAAUCUCGAAAAGACCUAGAAAGGAAAACAAAAGUCGUUACGAUGAUACAGGUAUACAGGCGUUUUGGCGAGGGUAUCGAUCUCGUGAGCAAUACAAAGCGAUCCGAGAUAAGAUUGCGGAAGGAAUGA